AUGAUGAAAAUGCUGCCUUUCUUCCAAAGUGGACCUAUUGGAAUACGCAAUGGAUCAGAGGGUUGCAUUGGUUCAAACAGGCAGCUUGAAAACCCUUCAACAUCAGUAGCUGCUUGUCCUGAACCUUCUGGAGAUGAGAUCUGGUCCAGGGACAAGGAGAAAAUGAAUGAAAGGCCAGAGGCAGCCUGCAGGCCCUCACGUGCAUCUUCCAUCACGAGCAAUGAGAGCUGCGUCUCUGCUGGGGACAGCCCUGAAAAAGGGAAGAAAGGCAUCAAGGGAAUCCUCACAAGUGCACUGAAGAAAAUGAAAAAGAACAAGGCACCCAGUGUCAAACAAGUCAUGGAUCUCCUUGAAGAGCAAAAGCUUUGCGAUGCUGCUCAGCUGCUGAUUGUCCUGGAGAAGAGCCUGUCUAGCAAAAAUGAGGAGGGAUCAAACACCAGCCAGCGAGACAUUGAAUCUGUCCAUGAAGUUCUGAAGCACAAGGUCUUCAGCAUCCUGAAAGACUCCACACAGCUCGCAAAAACAAACCCAGAACUGCUGCAGCAGGCAGUCGAGGCACUGAAGGAGCAGGAGAAAGAAGAUCAGAACUACACAUCAGAGAAUCCAACUGACCAAAACCAAUUUAGACCUAGAAAAUGGAAAGAGCUUUGGGUGGCUACAGUAAAGGAGUCAGUAGAGUCUCGAAUGAAAGACACGAGCCGUACUCCUAGAACAGAGAACCUCUCUACAGUUGGCCAGAACCUCCUGCACAUGGGAAAGACAAUGAAAGAAGAUUUGACAGUAGUUGCAAAGUACAUUAAACAGCUUUAUUCUCCCGAGUUUAAUGUGUUUGGCACCUAUGCUGAACUUUACCACAAUUACUUUGCCUCUCAGGCGAAGAGAAAUGCUGAGUCUCAUCUGGAAGACAAGGAUAUUUACCUUCUCCUCUCAUGGGUGCACAACAUUUAUCCAAAAGAGAUGAGAAAAGAUCAUGUUUUAGCCAAGGAGUUGGAAAAAGUUAAGCUUGGAAGCCUUUUGCCAUCAAGUCUGAGCAAAGACCUUGAAAAGAAAUACCUUGACAGUGAAGAGGCUACUAUCAAAAGUUCACUGACCAAAUGUUUAGACAAAGAAAUCCAAAGAUGGAAGGAGGACCAAGAACCAGAGAAACUAAAUGGGCAUUUUCAGAGUGAACUACUAGCAAUAUUUGUCAUCCAGAGUAUUUACAGUGGCCAGACACGAGCCAAGGAGAUCAGUGCCUCGGUGGGUGAGGAGCUGUCACAUCGGCUGUGGAAGGAGCUACCUGCCUUCCUGAAGAGCUACAAGGAUGCUUUUGAAGACUUUAAGGAGAAAUGCAAGAAGCACAGAUACUACAAGCCUACGCUGAUUGCAAAUAUUAACAACUGUUGGAAUUUUAGAGACUAUGCAGAGAAAAACAUGUCAGAAAAGGACAACAAUAAAGCCAUUAUCCUCAGCACUCUAGGUGACAUUGAAAACAGUGCCUUUGAUGUGCUACUUCAACAGCUGUUUGUCCAGCUAAAGCCAAUGUAUAAGAAGUUUACAGAAAAUAAGUGGGACUCCAGCAACGAAGUUAUGAAUGAGAUCAUUAAAACCACCAGCAAACACAUUUCAGACUUCCGGACCUUAAAGGAUCCUUUCUAUCAUGCUAUCAUUGAGAAGAUCCAUGCUCGUUUGGUUAAAGAGUACAUUGUGAGGCUGCUGAAGAGGAAAGUCAGCCUGAAGACUCCAACGCAACAGCAAACACUGGCUCAGCACAUCUCCAAGAACGCUGCUGACCUGGAAGCCUUCUGCACCAGCAAUGGGUCUCAAGCCACGUGGCUGAAUGCAGCACUCCCCAAGCUGGCUGAAAUAAUCCGACUUCAAGAUUUAGGUGCUAUUAAAAUCGAAGUCGCGACGCUCGCCACUAUAUACCCAGAUAUCCGCAAAAGGCACCUCGAAGCGUUCCUGCACAUCAAAGCCAAUUUGUCACGCAGCGAACUGAAAAGCAUCCUAGGCUACUUGGCAGACAGCACAGCAUCCGCACUGCCUGAGGCCCCACUCUUCUCCAACAUACCCAUGUCCUAGGCCAAGGUACUGCCUGGCACCUCCUCGUGCUUAGCCUAUUGACUAAACUAGAGUCGGAGACUGUCCCCUGGAGCAAUGCACAGUGCACACUGCUGCCUUUUUUCAGUGGAAGGUACUCUGCCCCCAUCUGGUGCUCAGCACCUCUAGGAAUCACUCCUCUAUGAAGGGCUGGAGGAAAGUGUGCCUGCAGUAGGAGCAGUACCCAGAAGGAUCAGGGCUGCUCCUCACACCAAUCAUGGACUGCCUCCAUGUUCUCCUUAGUACCACCAUGUUCUCUGCCUGGACACUGCCAUGGUGCUCUGACCUCCUUCUACCUCACAGGGUGCCAAGAAGGCCACACUCUGACUCCUCAACUAGCCCAGACUGAGCAGGCACCUCCUGUGUAACAUUUGGUUUGCUAAGGAAAUGGAGUGAAACAAAAACUGAAGCCAGAAUUUAGAGCUGUUGGAUAAGUCCUAUGUGAGCAUGCUUGCACUGAAACUGCUUUCCUCUGAACCAGACAGUGGUGGCUAUGUUAGGCUGAUUGGAGAGACACCAACUUUUUAGUUUAGAAAGAAUAACAGCUCCAAUCAUGACAGGGCUCCUGCUGUCCUGUUGCACCGCAGACCUUGGGUUUGGAGUAGCCUCAGCUGCACAGAAUCACUGAAUGGUAGAGGGUGGAAGGGACCUUUGGAAAUCAUCUGCUCUGACCCAUGCAGAAGCCAGAUUUUUGUGACUUGGCCUUGCAGAGCCCUAGCUGGUCCUGCAGAAGAAACCCAGUUAAGGCAGCAUAUGCUUCCUUCAUCUCUGAGGUGGGGGUGCUGAACCUCUCCAGCAGCAUCCAACCCCUCUGCAGUGACCCCAUGCACUGGAGUGGUUAGCUGCUAACACAGGCUUAGGAGAAGCUGUCUAUUGCAAAGGGUCAUGUGGGCUAAGCCCCAGCAUCUAGUAAAGCACUUUGAAUAUUACUUAAACACUCCUUGUUAGGGAGAGGACUUUUCCAGACCCUGUUAACAACACAGGUUUUAAAUAGGUGCUGGAACUGGUCUCAAAUGGCAUUAAAAUGUAUUGAGUACCCUGUAUGUGUCACUGUUUCUUUGCUCUCUCUUUCCCCUCUCACUGUGAUGCGUGGAUGUGAUGUGAAAACACAAACCUGUUGUAAAACUAUGUUGUCAUGGUUGGUUUUUUUUUUACAGCUUAGUUUUGGGGGAAGCAAAUCACUUGCCAAAACAACAAUGUGUUUAGUUGAAGAUCUUCUGAUUUUUCUGUUUCAGCUUUUGCAUCAGUCUGCAGAAAGUCAGUCUGGUAGGAAGACACCCAAUGACUGUGCAAAACCAUGUAGCGUAUUUAUAUGCAUAGGCAGUAUACCACUGGUGCAUUUUUGCAUCCAAUUUUGGUUUUUCUCAGUUAGAGAUAUUCAUUUGCAAUGUUUAUAUUUAAACAGUAUUCAAAUAUGCUAGAAAAGUGACUCAUUUAUUCUGUCUCUCGUCGCUGUUCACUGCAUUGCCACAUGUAGUCCUACAUAGUCCUUCAGAGGGCAAAUUUCCACUCCUCUCAGCCUGCUCUUGUGAUUGCCACUCACUGGUUUGAGCCAGGAGAGGUUUUUCUGGACUGUAGAGAAGCUGGAAAAGCAGAGACACUCUGUUUGUGCUGUAUAUGGCUCUCAUAGCUUGAUUUUCUUUGCUGUCUGGAGCAAGGACUGCCAUGUGCACCAUAUUUAUGGUAUGUGGUAUAAGGUCUAAGAUGCCAGCCUCUGAGCACUGCUGCAAUCUGUGUUGAAUAAUAAAAAGAUAUGUAUUUAACAUA